CACACAUACACACUCGGCCACGCGCGCGCCGCCCGGCCCCACUCGCGCGGCGCAGUUGUGCGCGGGCCGCAUUGUCCGCCGCUCCCGCUGCCGCCCCGCGCCCGCCGCCGCCCCCUGCGCCCGGCCCGCACCCAGAGCCUCCCGAUCCCGGCGCCGAGGGGCGCGCCGGGGGCAGCGCGGGCCUCGCACCCCGGCCCCGCGGAACCGCAGACUCUUCAGGGGAAGGUCCCCAUCCCGCCUCGCCAUGUCCCGUCGAAGCCAGCGCCUCACCCGCUACUCCCAGGCAGACGAUGACGGCGGCAGCAGCAGUGGCGGGAGCUCAGUGGCGGGGAGCCAGAGCACCCUGUUCAAGGACAGUCCUUUCCGGACGGCGAAGAGGAAGUCCAGCAGCACGAAGCGCCUCUCCCCGGGGCCCCAGCUGGGCCCCUCGGACACUCACAGCUACUACAGCGAGUCCGUGGUCAGGGAGUCCUACUACAGCCCGCGGGCCACCUCGCUGGCCAGGAGCUCCGUCCUCGAGGACCAGCUGCACGCUGACCCCUAUUGGAGCGAGGACCUGCGGGCGCGGAGGAGGAGAGGCACAGGGGACACCGAGAGCAGCAAGAUCAACGGGCUGGUGGGGGCCAAGCUCUCCGAGGACUUCCCGGGGUCCUCCUCCGGCUACUCCUCCGAGGAUGACUACGUAGGGUACUCGGAGGCGGCCCAGCAGGGCGCGGGCUUGCGGCUGCGGGGCGCGGCCUCCCGGGCAGGCUCCUUCUUCUGGACGGUGGUCACCUUCCCAGGCCGGCUCUUCGGGCUCCUGUACUGGUGGGUGGGCACCACCUGGUACCGCCUGACGACGGCCGCCUCCCUCCUCGACGUCUUCGUUCUAACCAGGCGCUUCUCAUCCCUGAAGCCGUUCCUGUGGUUCCUCCUGCUGCUGCUGCUGCUGACCGGCCUGACCUACGGUGCCUGGAACUUCUACCCCUACGGCCUGCACACAGUCCACCCCACCCUGGUUUCCUGGUGGGCAGCGAGGGGCAGCGGCCAGCAGCAUGAGGUGUGGGAGCCCAGAGACUCCUCCCCGCAUUUCCAGGCGGAGCAGCGCAUCCUGUCCCGGGUGCACUCCCUGGAGCGGCGCCUGGAGGCCCUGGCCGCCGAGUUCUCCUCGGCGUGGCAGAAGGAGGCCGUGCGCCUGGAGCGCCUGGAGCUGCGGCAAGGGGCGGCGGGCGAGGGCGGCGGCCGCGGCCUGAGCCAGGAGGACACGCUGGUGCUCCUGGAGGGGCUGGUGAGCCGCCGGGAGGCCGCCCUGAAGGAGGACUUCCGCAGGGACACUGCCGCCCGGAUCCAGGAGGAGCUGGCCUCCCUGCGAGCGGAGCACCAGCAGGACGCCGAGGACCUCUUCCGGAAGGUGGUCCGCGCCUCCCAGGAGUCUGAGGACCGGCUCCAGCAGCUGAAGGCCGAGUGGCACAGGAUGACCCAGGAGUCCUUUCGGGAGAACUCCGUGAAGGAGCUGGGCCGGCUGGAGGGCCAGCUGGCGGGCCUGCGCCAGGAGCUGGCAGCCCUGGCCCGGAAGCAGAACGCAGUGGCCGACCAAGUGGGCCUCCUGCCGCAGCAGCUCCAGGCCGUGCGGGACGACGUGGAGUCCCAGUUCCCUGCCUGGAUCAGUCAGUUCCUGCUCCAAGGUGGGGCGGCCCGCACGGGCAUCCUUCAGCGAGAGGAGAUGCAGGCUCGGCUGCAGGAGCUGGAGGGCAAGAUCCUCAAUCACGUGGCCGAGAUGCAGGGCAAGUCGGCGAAGGAGGCGGUGGCCAGCCUGGGGCUGAGGCUGCAGAAGGAAGGCGUGAUCGGGGUGACAGAGGAGGAGGUGCACGGCAUCGUGGAGCAGGCCCUGAAGCGCUACAGCGAGGACCGCAUCGGGAUGGUGGACUACGCGCUGGAGUCCGGAGGGGCCAGUGUGAUCAGCACCCGGUGUUCCGAGACCUACGAGACCAAGACGGCCCUCCUCAGCCUCUUCGGCAUCCCCCUGUGGUACCACUCCCAGUCGCCCCGCGUCAUCCUCCAGCCAGAUGUGCACCCAGGCAACUGCUGGGCCUUCCAGGGGCCCCAGGGCUUUGCCGUGAUCCGCCUGUCUGCCCGCAUCCGCCCCACGGCUGUCACCCUAGAGCACGUGCCCAAGUCCUUGUCACCCAACAGCACCAUCUCCAGUGCCCCCAAGGACUUCGCUGUCUUCGGGUUUGAAGAAGACCUGCAGCAGGAGGGGACGCUGCUUGGCCAGUUCACCUACAACCAGGAUGGGGAGCCCAUCCAGACAUUUUACUUUCAGGACCCCAAAAUGGCCACGUACCAGGUGGUGGAGCUGCGGAUCCUGACUAACUGGGGCCACCCGGAGUACACCUGCAUCUACCGCUUCAGGGUGCACGGGGAGCCCGCCCACUAGGCUCCCUGCACUGCGCCAGCGGGGAGGCCAGCCGCGCCCCCCUCUGCGAUCGGGGAGCAGCGCCCUGCACUUCCCACAUGCUUGACCAGCGCACUGACUCCCAGGAGCGGAGCCCCUGGCCCCUCCAGCAGCGGGCAGCUCUGGAGGCUCAGCUGGCUCCAGCGUCUUUCCACCUUUCGUUCUCACGCCAGGCACUGGGGUCUGGUCCCCUCCUGGGAAGGUGUAUAUACGUAGCAUGUGGGACUCAGAGGCAGGAGCGGUGACGAGUGGACAUGUCCAGCAGCCGUGGGCAAGACCUGACUGACCGCCCCUUGCCCACGGCGGAGGGGCUGGCACCCAGGAAGCUCCGUUGGGAGGUAGUGGUGUGUGACGAUGCAAUGCCGGAGCCACGGGGCACAGCGAGGGCUGGGGCAGGGGACUGCGGCCCCAGGGGCGGAGGGUGCUCGAGGUUCAGGUUGGGACGGGCUGUGGGCAGGGAGCUCCUGGGAGUGGGCGGCUGGGCUCUCAGAAGCCAGUUCCAUCGGCCCAGGGGAGCUUGGCCCACAUCCUCCAAGGGCUGCUAUGCACUGUCUGUCCUGGCGUGAGGUGGGCCGUGGGGCUUCUGUACCCCAGGCCUGCUCCUGUGAGCUUCAGAGGGCCCAGGCCAGCCCUGUAGGGCCCCCUCUGCUGGGGACACUAGUUGUUUCUGCUCGUCCGAUGCUGGGAUGGGGCCUGCCUGUCCUCCAGGGUGCAGGCUGUGCGUCUGGGUUGGCUAGAAGGUGCAGGCAGAGGACUCCCAGGCCCCCUGGUGGCCCAGUGAUGGUGGUGAUAUUCAGGUUUCAUGGUGGGAGGACCGUCUGACCUGUGCCCCAUCUCAAUCAGGCCCCUGGGCACGCCCCCCCCCCCCCCCAGCACCCUCUCAGGGCUCUUCCAGCUCUUGCUCAGUCGCUUCCUUUCCGGCUUUUUCUAUGGGGGUGGGGCUGGGGGAGGGCAGGGGCGGGAGGCAGGGUUUUGGACUAGGCUGGCCCUGCUGUUACUACGUGAACUUUUCAAGGUCUUUUUUUUUUAACUGAAAAGCUAAGGGCCUGAUUCCUGGCCCCGUUCGGUGGGCCGUGGAAUAACCCGGAUGCGGAGAGGGGCUGCCAUGCAGGCAGGCGCCCUCUGGGGGGCCCAGGUGUCCUGUGCUCCAGCCCUGGCCCUGCACUCCUCUGCCCAGCUCUUCUGUCACAAAUGCUGCACUGUUGGGUUCUUACUUUUUUAUCUCCGGAUUCUAAUUUAUACCUAUGCAAAAAUAAAUUAUGCCCAGGACUAACGGAA